GCUUUGAUCAAGAGAAACACAACAUGAGACCGGCUCAAAAUUUUUACCUGCUGUUCCUGGCGAUGUGCGGAAGAGUCGCCGCUUUUCCCGUGACGGAGCUGGUGGAUGCGGCGGGGCGGUUACAGACACCCGCCCUGGGCUGUGCAACCUGCGCCCCCCUGGCGCUGCAGAUACGGAGCACAGCGGCAGCGCUGCGGGACACCCAGUUGUGCGAGUUUUUCUCCUUCUGUGACGGGGACCAGGGCUCGUUGCUCACUUACGACUUUAACCUGCCGCAGAUCCGAGCUCAGGACAGAUGUACUAUGAUCAGUUUCCACAAGGAAACAUGCCUCAGAGCGAUUGCAACAGGUCUCCAAAAAUACCACCCCUUCUUGGUAUCAGCGGAAACAUCUAUCGUGAGCUCAAACGAUCAAAUGAUAUGGGUGCGAUCCAGCUCCUGGCGCCUAUCUGAAUUGUUAAUGCACCAGUUGAAUGUCGAGUUUGGCAUCAGUGGUGUGGGCCAGAGCGAGUUGGAAGAUUCUGUCUCGGACUUGGUGUCAAAAACAGACUGGAACAGACAAGUGAACGUGCAUGUCACCCUGCGAGACUUCACUCGGUUCAUGGAGAAAUCAUCCCGAGCCCUUCGCUUCAUGAGACUGUGAGACCACAGGACGGGCUCACCCCAGACUUGGCAGAGAGAGAAGGAACUGCAGAUGCUGGUUUAAACUGAAGAUAGAUACAAAAAACU